AAUAGAAAAUUAUUCGAUCGUAUUUCUUGAAAAAUCUUACAUGAAAUAAGGAUUCAAUAGUAUUAUAAGCUUUUCAUAAAGAAUAAAAGUAUGCUUUGCUAGUUUCCUGGGCAGACGUCACACAGCGGUGUUUAUCGGUGAAAGCAACUCUCUAGUAAACUGAAUCAACAUUUUUUCGUGUUUUAAUUGAUUCUUUGCUUAUGUAGCUUAUAUUUUACUAAACCCAGGUGAAAAUGAAUCCGCCUAGGCCCAGUCGGCAAGACCCUGCCCUCUACCAACCGAGCAGGAAUCCUCCACCAGCCAAACCAUCUGCACCAGGCAAUGUGAUGAUGUACAACCCGAAUCAGUAUAAUGCAGGAUACCCUCCUUCAAAUGGUUCUUGGGGACCACCAAGGCAACAGCCACCAUUACAGCAGCAGCAGCAGCAACAACAGCAAGCUCCACUGCCAACUAACCAAGAAUCGUGGAACUGGGAUGAGAACGUGAACAAUUUCCAAAACUAUACAGAACCUAGCCAAACAGCAGCUAUGGCACCAAAGCUUCAGAAUGCUCCUCCUGCCAACCCCCCAAAUAUGUAUAAUGUGCCAGAUUACUCUUUGCCCCAGCAAGUGUCCAGUUAUCAACCUGAACAUGCUGUCAACAACAAUCAGUAUGACAGUCAAGCUUCAAGCAGUAAUCAAAACUGGGGCUGGAAUGAUGGAGAAGAUUGGGGAUGGGGCAACGAGUACCAACAACAACAAAAUACCCAGCAAACCCAAUUACCUCAGCCGCCUCUACCAGCCGGCCCAGUUGAAAAUCAACAGCCGACCAACUUUCCAAACAUGCCGCCGUUACCCGGUAGUAGUGGUCUGGAAACGGGUUUUAGCACGAUGUCGCUGUCUAACCAAGAACGGGAAGAAACCCAAGGUGAACAACAGCAACAACCUGCUUGGUCGCAACCCCAACAUCCAACUCCAGCACUGCCAGAAGAAUCAAACGCGGCCUCUUGGUCUCGUGUACCAACUUGGGGAUCAGCCCUUGAUCACGAACAGGGUUCGUAUGAACCUGGCGCUGAGCAGUCUUACCCACGAGAGUUGGGUGAAAGGAACACGUUUGCUGAUGGAGCUUCCUUUACUGAUCCAUCACAGUCUCUACCACCGGCAACGGCGUCUCUCAGUAACGAUCAGAUGUAUGCACCAACAGGAGUAGUUCAACCCGCCCCACCUGAACAGCAGCAGCAGUUAUACGCAGGUGGUCGAGUGAUGCAUCCUCCACCAUCGACGUUAAACUUAGGCGCAGAAUUAAUUCGAGUUUCACCUACUCCGCAAGUUGGGCCCAAUAUGGAACAAACUGAAACAGGUGCCGAUUUGGCUGCGUCUGUUGAGCCUGAGGUGGCUCCUCCUGUAUCCAUGAACCGAAUCAAUCCUGGUCUGUCAUAUGGAUCGAUGACAGAAGGAUUCAACAACGGACCACAAGGUGUACCAUUCAGUGCUGCCGAAUUUCCUGGAGCGCCUCCUGUUGGCGGAUUGCCAAUCUCAAAUAUUGACUUGUCCAUUGGCAAUCGUUUACCUGGAAGUGGAAGUCGUUCUCAGUCUGGCACGCCAUCAAUGGAGCGUGAGAGUGAGCGACCUGAUGCAGAAGGUGGUUAUGAAAAUGACCAGCCAACUCCUCUCUUUUCUCAGCCACCUACAGCUCCAUAUGGAGCCUUGGCUGAACGCAAAGUGGCACAAGAAUCACCUGCUGAAAGUCGACCUUCUUCACGCCUAGCUGGAUCGACUCCUUCCACAGAGACACCAAUCGCCAAUCCUUCCCCCUACCACCUACCAGGGGAUGGCAAUGCCUUUGUUCGGCCCAAACCAGUAUCGAGCACAGGAAGUUUUUAUCCAGUUGCCACCACCUCUCAUAUUACAGCAGCACCAACUCCGUUGGCGACCCCAGCUGUCGCGCGAGGUUCGCAGGAAGCGGUGGGCAGUGAAUUCGGCCCUCCUAUGUCAGCCGUGCCUCUUUCCAGGGCUGAUAAUUUAACAACAUCAUCGUCCAUGUUGCCUCCAAGCUCGCAGCGGAUGAUUCCUGGUAGUGGAUCGCAUCCUCAUUUACUACCGAUGGUUGCUACUCCGCAACCACAACAAUCACAGCCUCUACCACAGCCUCGACCACCUGGAACGGUGACCCCUGUUACGGAGCAGAGGAUUGUCACUGGAUUCGCUAAAAACGAUCCAGUACCCGUACCUCCUGUUGGUCCAGUGGCACCGCUCCUUGCUACAACUCCGCAAGGCCCUCCGCCUUUGCAACCGGUUGAAGAAGUGCGAACACAGUCGCUGAGUCGUUCACCUCCGCCACCACACCGAAGCGAAACGAUCGGAUCGGAAAAUCCGAGGGCCAACCCCAAUUCCGGCAUAACACCAACAGGUGGGACGGCCGUCGGGAACGGAUCAGUGGAUCGAUCUGACGAUCGCAUUUCGAAUGACCGCGAUCGUGAUCGCGAGACAAAACCGCAUGACCGAGGUUCUCGUGUGGAACGCGAACGAGAUCGUGACGAUUACGACCGUGAAGGUCGCAACCGCUACCCGGAUGAUGACGAAGAUGAAAGAUUUUCGACAACGUAUCGCGAAAGAGAUCGUCGCUAUGAUAAUGAAAGGGAUCGGGAACGCGAUCACCGUGACCCGCGUCGCUAUGACGACCGUGAUCGCGCUUACAACCGCCAGGAUUAUGACGAUGACCGUCGUAGCGGUUAUGGACCUCCUGACAGAGAUCGUGCCCGCGAUGCUCGGCGACGCGAUACCCGACGGUCGGAUUAUUAUUUGACGGAAGCGGAAAUGUACGAGCGUUCGGGUGGUCGCAGAAGCUCGCUCUACGAAGGCGAAAACAACGAUCCAGCGGGUGAUUUCAAUCGCUCAGCUUACGGUUUCAACACAUCCAGGGACGGCCGACGUCGUGAUAACGACCGUUCGAGAAUUGAUGAUCGCUACUAUCAAAGUUCGAGAGAUGUCAGUGCAAGAGCUGGUGCUGAAGUGUCGGAACGGGCCCAUUCUGAACGUGAUUAUCGCCAUUCUGUUUCAUCAGCGUCUGCCGGAAGACGCCGAGAUCCGCGUGAUCUCUAUUAUCCGCAGGAUCCGCGCUAUUAUGGCUAUGCUGCGCGCGAUGCGGCUUACGAUCCUUACCGCACAGGUGGAUACCACCAUUCAGCUGCUGCCGCGGCCGCCGCAGCCGCCGCCAACAAUCAGCAGAUGAUGAACUACAACCAACAAAUUAACCACGCCCUGAAAUAUAACUAUGCAUUGUUCGAGGAAUUGCGGUUGAAGAAUCCAGCAGCUUACAGCGAAUGGUACCAACGCAACUACGCCCAGCGUUACACGCCGACGGUCGUGACGGGUGGCACCGGCACGGCUCUCGGUAGCAUCGCCGCAUCGGAGGCGGAUCGGGCCAGCGUCCACUCUGGACGCAGCUCGGUCAAUGAAGACCAUCCAUCCAUGUUGGCUAACCACUCCAUCUCUCAGCAGUUACGCGGUUCAACCACGGGACUGGAUCAGUCUCACGCUUACGAUUAUAGCCUUUAUCAAGAUGAAGACAAUCUGCCACUGACCACAAUUCGGCCUACUCAGGACAUGACGCCUCAUAAGUUUUCGUGCCCGCACGUCAUUGCGCGCUUUUCUCCGGGUGGGAUUCUAUUGCGCGUUUUGCCCAACAGCCCCAAAGAUGGCGUGGCCGCCCAUAUUGAGUUGCACGAUUUAAACGUCCUACUUGGCGACCUGCCAACAGCUCAAGAAAUGAAAUUCUUCCCCGGGCCUUUGGUACCUGGCCAGACCCAUAAACAGCAAGUGGCCGUCUUUUGCCAGCAAAAGAUCCGGAGGGCGACCGAAGAUGCCAACCAGUUGGUUGAUCGUCAAUCGUACAUUCUCUUGUGGGAGCUUUUGUUGCUCCUCCUCAGGCAGAAUGGAACGAUCGUCGGUACCGAUAUUGCCGAACUCCUCUUGAAGGAUCACGAAAUCCUCAAAGAGCCCAUUGUUCAGGACGUGCCGGAAAGCGGCACUGAAGUGGCAAUGGUGGCGGUUGAUCGGACCCUCGUUUCACGCCAGACGGAAGCGUCGGUAACGAAAAAGUUCCGCGAGUUGCUUUUGUUUGGUAACAAGAAGGAGGCUUUGGAAUGGGCAAUGGCGCAAGGCCUAUGGGGUCAUGCUUUGUUCUUGGCCUCCAAGAUGGACCAAAGGACCUAUUCUAGCGUUAUGAUCCGCUUCGCCAACGGAUUGGCUUUGACGGAUCCACUCCAAACUCUUUAUCAGCUCAUGUCAGGUCGACAGCCAACGGCGGUGACGAGCUGCGGCGAUGACAAAUGGGGUGACUGGCGGCCUCAUCUUGCUAUGAUCCUCUCGAACUCGUCGUCGAAGGCGGGCAGUUGCUCAGAUUUGGACAAGAAGUCGAUUGUGACGCUGGGUGACACGCUGUCGGCACGCGGAUUUUUGCUGGCCGCCCACUUUUGUUACCUGGUGGCCCAGGUGGAGUUUGGCAGUUAUUCGAACAAGGCGUCCAAGUUGGUUCUGCUCUCGUCUUCAAGUUCGUUGGCAUUUGACGCUUUCGCCACUAACGAGGCGAUUCAGUGCACAGAAGUUUACGAGUACGCCCGUCAGUUGGCCGCUCCCGAGUUCAUGAUACCGUCCUUCCAAUCGUACAAGUUUCUGUACGCUACUCGGCUGGCCGAGCAUGGCCGACCUGCUGAAGCCCUGCAAUACUGCGAAGCGGUUGGCAACGUUUUAGUUAAAUAUGCGUCCACCUACUCACCGUCACUCAUCGACCAAGUCUAUCAGCUCGGCUCGAUGCUUAAAUACAGCGAUCCGCAAUUUCUAACGGAGAAUGACGGCACUUCAUUAGGCGAUCCAUCUUGGCUGACGGCUUUGGAAGCGGCCGCCAAAACAGCCCAAGCCGAUUAUUCACCCACAGUUAGCGGUGAAAAGUUGACACCCGAACAGCAAACGACUGAACCGGAGUCGUCCCUUCCACCUAGUACCGAUUAUUCGUCCUAUCAACAGCAGCCACAUGGGCAACAGUACGGUGAACAACAACAGAAUACCCAGCAGCCACAACAACAAUUCUACCAGCCAUCAAAUGUGCAGCAGCCGGCUUACUAUGAGCAGCAGUCCGGUGGACAGCAACAACAACAGAAUUAUAGCGAAGACGGCCAUCAGCAGCAGCAACAACAAGCAAACGAACAGCAGAGCAAUUCGUAUCCGUCUAUGACUGGACAGGAUUUUAAUGCUUACGGUUCGUCUCAGUAUAAUCCCAGCUACAGUUGGCAGCAGCCUCAACAACAACAGCAGCAGCAACAGCCGUGGAGUUACGGAGAAACGAGUACAGCCAACGGAGCCCCUCAAACGGAUUACUGGAACCCAUCAAGUAACAAUUUGAAGGAUUCAAAACGGAGUGAUGCGGUGAAAUCUGUUGGACGACAAGAGUCGAUAGAUUCGGCUCAUUCCGACGAUGAGCGCGAGGAGCAAAUCGAUGAGACGGCGGAAAAAGCAGUGGAUCCCAUGGCGACAGCGAAACGAGUCGUUUUCGGCGGGACUUAUCCCAUCGACCGACCGCUAACACUUAACUUUGGCGCCGCCGGAGCCGCUUCGUCUCGCCGACAACACAUGAGUCUAACUCUCAAGACCCCGCGCACGUUCGCUAUUGACGAACCCAUCCGUGAAGAUCAUUCGGCCGAGAGCGCGACGUCAGCUGAUGAAGACGCCGGGCCGAGUUCGUUCACAGAUCCGUCUUACUUCAAUCCGUCGACGUCUUCUUCAGUGGGACCAUCAGCAGAUUCGAAACACACGGCGGACGACAAGCAGAGUGGCAAACAGGAGGGCGGCAACAGUAAUAACAGCAGUAAAGCUGCGGCAGCAGCCGCUCGGGCUCAACAGGCCGGAAGCGGAGGCAGCUGGCUGGGUGGAUUCUUCAGCAAGUUUAAACCCAAGACCCAAAUGAAAUUGCCCGACGAUAAGAACCCGACCAUCGUGUGGGAUCCGAAGAAGGGCCAGUGGGUCGACACUGCCAAGGAUAGCGAGGAUGAAGCGGCCGCUUUAGCGCCUCCCCCGAAGGACGCGAGUUUCCAGUCGCUGCCGCCUAUGCCACUCACCCCGGCAUUUUCUUCGCCCGCUCCGGCCUCAUUGACGGCCAACAACAACAACAACGAAGGCAACAGAUUCGGAUUGAAUAAAGGGCGAAUAGGUCGAGCUGGAAGAAAUGCUUACGUCAACCCGUCCAACAUCAAAAUUAGUUCGGUCAACAGCCCCGCGCCGUUGCUGGAUCCAUUUCCGGCUUCAACUCCGUCGUUAUCUGCUGCACCACAGCAAUUUUUCGUUCCGUCACCGGCCAUGAUAGAUCCAUCAUCUGCACCAGUUGAUUUUGUUUCGUCGCCCGCCCAACCCGACGGUUCGACCACCGCCACACAAGGACAGGCCGAUUCCGGAGAGCGCUUCAUGUACAACCCGACCCAAUUGGCUCCUCCGGCGGCUGUCGCUAGUGGACGGCCUGGCCUUGCCAGUCGAGGGCGAUAUCCGCGCUGAAAAAACGCGAAAGACCUUACGAAAAAAAACAAUUUGACGAGUUUGAAUAGAAAAUAAUUGAAAGGGGUAUGCCACAACAACAACAACAACAACAACAACAAAUACCUUAGAUUUAAAUGUUUAUUCAGCAAAAUGAGUAGAAUGAAAGAAAAUGUCGACGUGAGCAUCAUCUCUCAUCGGCCCGGACGUGUUUCCCUUUAACUCUUUUUUCUUUGUUCCACGUUUACCUUUUGUUUGUUUUUUUGUUUCCUUUUAUUUUUUUUUCUUCAUCUUCUUCCUUAUUUUCACGUGGUGUAGGGCCGAACAUUUUUCGCCGAGGGUCGACAGACUUCUCUUUUUUGUAAAAUUUCUUUUUCCUUCCAGUUCACCUUUUUUUCUGUGGUUCUCUGGUUUGCAAUAGAACAUCCGAUUAUUAUGUAUUGAUCACGGGUUCCCCCGCCCAUCUCCCCCUCCACUCCCGAUGUGUUACCGCGCCCAAACGGGUUGGAUUCCUUCUCUCUUCAUUUCUAUAUCGGGUGGGAAUUGAAAAUCGUGACGUGCAUUGGAAAUUUCUUCUUCUUCUUUUAUUAUUACUUUUUUUUUUUUGUCUUUGGCGCAGGGAUGAUACUUUAUUCGUGUCAGAUGAAAACAACAAAACAUACAACUGGAAUUCUUUAUUUUUCCUUA